AUGUGGUUCCUCUUUGGUGGACAGCCUCUGAGAUAUUCGAUACGGGAGUUUAAGGAAAUCACUGGAUUGAAUUGCAAUCCCGAACCUGAUAGCACAAAAGAAGAAGAUAAUGUCGGAAAGACGGGAAUGUGGAAAGACCUAUUUGGAAGGGCGACUGCUAUGAACGUCAAAAAUCUGGCUCUGACCGAGAAAUACGUAGAGAUGUUGACUGACUUGGAUAGCUUCAUGCAGUAUCCAUGGGGUAGGAUAUCAUUUAACAAAACAGUAUCUCGUUUUCAAGCUCCGAAGCCAAUCACGGACGCCAAGAAAAGGGAGAAUCCUUUAACACGAUUGCAUCGUCAACUUAAACAGAAAACCAGUGCAUGCUACGAGUUCCCUCUAUCACUACAACUUAUGGCCCUCCAAUCUAUACCAAUGUUGGUCUCCAAAAUUCCUCAACCUGAUAACUUGAAAACUUUCAUUGAAGAUCCCGAAGGUUGUCAAAACGUUAUCACACUAUUGCAUCUUGAGGACAUACUUGCCGUGGAAUCCGACCCUUUGUCUGUGAAACAGAUGGUAGUGGAUGUUGGUGACAAUGAUCAACAGAAUGAAUUGCGUUGGGGAGAUGAGGUAGAGGAUGCCGAAGUUGCAUUCAUGCAGGAACUCAUGGCUGAGGGGUACGAAUUCUCACCUUCGGAUUUUUCUGUGGCACCUAUCAUGGAUCUUAGUGAUGCAGAGGACGAGGGAAACCAUGAACAGGAACCGAAGCCAUCCACCCGAUGGAAGAAGAAACUGAAAACACAUCAAACUGAAAAACAAAAAACCACAGAGGAAAAGACGCAGGGGCAAAAACUCGUCUAA